GCAGGGCUCAGUGCGCAUGCUCGCGCCGGCGGGGGAGGGAGGGGCGAGGCCUCCUAGGACUGGCCGGAUCUACAGGGAGGCGGUGUCUCAGGGGAUUUAUGUGAAGGGAUUGGAAGAAGCCUUGCUGUUUGAGUAGAUAAGAAUGACUACUCUUAAUCUUUGUAUUUGUGGUGCCGAGAAGACUGAAGAGUACAGGACAGGAGUCACUAGCUGUGCUAACACAUGGGCCCAAGCACCGAGAUGACACAGUCACUUACUUCAACGGCUUGAAGAGAGAGCCUCAAGUCUCAGAAACUAUGAGUGGAGGAUCUCAAGUCCACAUUUUUUGGGGUGCGCCAGUUGGUCCAUUGAACAUGACCAUAUCACCAGAACCACCUUCUUUAAGGUCUACUGAGAACCGCUGGAAAAAAAUUCAGCUUUUAUACAACCAACAUUCUUUACAUCUGAGGAAUGAAAACUGCAUACAUGGAACUCUUGAAGACCAUCCAGUCCUAGAAGCCAAGGGUCCUCCCCAUCUUCCUAAUGCUCGUUUUUUAACAGACUCUACUAGUGAACCUGUUCAUGUGAACGAAGACUCUCUACCCUGUAUGUCUGAAACACAGCCUGUAAAAUCCCAGGAGGGUUCCCCUUUAGGGAUGAGAGAGAAAACCAGCCCCGAUGUGCAAAUAUGCAGAUUUAAGGGCAAAGUUCAGCAUUUAACUGACGAAGAAAAGUUUCCAAAGCUUCUCAGCGAAAAUAAGAAAAUUACAGAUGAAGAGCAUAAAGAUCAGGCAAAUACAUGCGGUCGGAACUUCCGGAAAAACUUCUUUCAGUUAGACCAUAAGUGUGUACUAGAUCUGGUCAGUAGUGCGGGACAGAUUAGUACACGGCCGGGAGCGAAGGAAGCCAAGUGUGUGCCCACAGAAGGCUGGCAUCAUGAGGCACUCAGCCAGGGUCUGGAGAUCUUUUCCUCGGACCCAGAAGAUAAGCCAGGGUCUGAAGCUGUUGGAAAGGUCUCUACUGACACUGAAUUUCUUAGUAUAAUGACCUCCAGCCAGGUGGCUUUUUUCUCUCAAAGGAAGUCUAAAGGACACAAUAUUACAAAUAAAGGGCCUGUAAACAUGGAGAGCAAACCAAAGGCAAGCCAUAGGGAAGUAAGAAUGCUUGAAGAUGAUCUGACUCGGCCCAAUGAGGACUUCGCAGGAGGAUGUGAAAGUGAACAAAACCAAGCGCAUUCCCUGGAACUCUUCAGUCCUAUUUGUCCUGAAACAAAAAGUAGCGGCACUCCCAUGAAAUCUGAUAAAGGUCUUGAGGAAGAUAAAGGAUCUCAAGCACUUUUCAAUUUUGAAGAUAAACUGCUGCCCAGUGCUGUACGUAUUGAGUCAUACAGCUCAGGAAUGCUGUGUUCCCAGCAAAACGGCUUCCACAAAAGUCCCAUUAAAGGAAGUUGGACCUUUCCAAAGCUCAAAGAAGACAAGCUGACCCAUUCCAGAGCUCUGUCUGAAGUCCUCCCACCAUUCAAGAAAAUUAAGUUGGUCUCUGAUGCCGGAGAUCCCACUGCAGCCAUGGACCAGAGGAAUGUGUCUACACUUAAGGGGAUUAAAAAAACAUCAUUAAUAAAAAAUUGUGAUUCUAAAAGCCAGAAGUAUAAUUGUUUAGUCCUGGUAUUAUCUCCAUGUCAUGUGAAAGAAAUAAGUAUAAAGUCUGGACCAAAUUCUGGCUCUAAAGUGCCUUUAGGAAUAAUUGUGGUAACGGACCAGUCAAGAAUUCAGAAGAAGGUCUCUCUGUGGAGGGCUGCGGCAUUUUGGGCACUUACAGUGUUUCCUGGAGAUAUAAUUCUGCUCACAGAUGUUACCGUUCAUGAAAAUCAUUGGAUUGGUGAGACAGUACUACAAUCAACAUUUACCAGUCAGUUACUAAAUCUUGGAAGUUACUCCUCUGUCCAGUCUGAAGAGUUUUCCAAUAUAGUUAAUGAUGCUGUGCUUCGAGACUUACUGGCAUACGUGUCUUCAAAACAUUCCUAUCUCAGAGAUCUUCCUCAGAGGCAGCCUCAGAAAAUUAACAGUAUAGAAUUUGUAGAUUUGGAGCAGCUGCAGCCGGACAUACUGGUCCAUGCGGUACUAAAAGUAGUUGAUAUCACUGUACUAACAGAGGCAUUAUACAGUUAUAGAGGACAGAAGCAAAGGAAAGUUAUGUUAACAGUGGAACAGGUCCAAGGUCAACAUUAUGUGCUUGUAUUAUGGGGUCCUGGAGCAGCCUGGUACCCUCAACUUCAAAGGAAAAAAGAUUAUAUUUGGGAAUUUAAAUAUCUUUUUGUUCAGCACAAUGACGUCCUAGAAAGCCUAGAAUUGCAUUCAACAUUUUGGUCAUCCUGUGAGUGCCUGUUUGACGACGAUAUAAGGGCAAUUACAUUUAAAGCAAAAUUUCGAAAAAGCAUACCCUCCUUUGUGAAGAUGUCAGAUUUAACAACAUACCUGGAGGAAAAGCGUUCAGGAGUGAUUCUAAUCAAAGCCCAGAUUUCAGAGCUAGUGAUCCCUGUCCCGGCAGCUCAGAAGAUAGCUCUAUGUGCCCGCAGCUCUCUGAAGAGCAUCUUCUCUUCUCUUCCUGACAUUGUAUAUACCGGCUGUGCAAAAUGCGGACUGGAACUGGAAACAGACAAGAACAAGAUCUAUAAACAGUGUUACGGCUGCUUGCCCUUUACUAUGAAGAAGCUAUACUACAGGCCAGCUGUAAUGACCGUAGCUGAUGGAAUACAUGAGGUUUGUAUCCACGUAGGAUCCAAGCUGAUGGAGAAGAUUCUUUUCAACAUUUCUCCUGACUGGCUCAACAGAGUUAUAGCGCCUCCCUCGGAGGUCACCUUCCGCGCCGUGGCCGCGGACCUGCUGCACUCGCUGCUGGCGGGCGGCGGCGCCCCUUGCGUGCUGAAGCUGCACAGCCUCUUCGUGUUGGAUGAAAACAGCUGCCCGCUGCAGCUGGAGUUCUCGCUGCUGGAUUUGUAUCCCGACAGUGGAGAGCCGGGGGCCCAGUGCCCUCCUCUGAGACCCGAUGGGGAAACCGCCGGUACUUCCAGGAAGACAUUCCAGGAAUGACGGGGCUCUACCCGUAUUUUUGUAAAGAGAAUGGUGUUAAAUAUAUAAAUUAAAACUUUUUUUCUAGGAA